UUUAAUAUUUUAAUUUUAUAGUUUAGCAAAUACCAGAAAUUCUGUGGAAAAGAGUUUCCGUAACAAUUUCAAUUGUCCUGAAACUCUAAUUUGCCUAAAUGAAUUAAUGAGUGAAGUUAAUAAACAGCUUAAAGUAAAUAAAUCAAAUAUGUACAAAUCCAGAAGUCCUGGUGUUAUUUCAGCUUGUUCAUCUUUUGUAGCAAGAAUACUUAAUAUUUUAGGCAUUGAAUAUCCCAGCAAAAAGGCACUAAUAACUUCAUCAGAUGAAACAACAGCAAUGCUUUCUCAUGUUGUAGAUGCACUAGUUAAAUUCAGAAGCAAUGUUCGUCUUUAUGCUCUUACUACUGGUGAAAGUGCACAGCCUCAGUAUAAAGCAUAUACUCAGGAAAUAAACAGUAAAGAAAUAACAGAUACUGAACAACCACUGCCAGUGCCACCAUCAGAACCACCAGAUGACAAAGGCGAUACAGUAUGGACAAUAAAAAAAUUAACUCCAUCAGAACAAAUACAACUUCAGCGUAUGGAAAGAGAACCUCUUAUGAAAGCUUGUGAUGAUGUUAGAAAUGAACUUUUUAUAGCAGGUGUAAAAUUGAAAGAUAAAGGGAAAGAAUCAUCUUGGUCAGUCAUAGAAGAUAAAAGUUUAGUAGGAAAAAAAUCAACAAUAUCAAGUCAUGAUGCUUUUGAUCCGCAGUAUGUGCCAAGAAAGUGAAGAUAAAUGAUAAAUCAUUUAAUGAUAGUAGAGAAAUAGAAAUUAUUUUCCAGAACAUUUAUCUUCAAAUUGCUUUAUUAGGUGUGUUCAUGUUGUGUGUAUUUUAUUCUCCAUAAAGCAGUUUGAAGACAUAAAAAUUUAAUGAUGUAUUCAAUAAUUUGAGAAAGUAGCUGAAUAUUU